GCGGCUUCAAAAAGCAAGCCAUCCAAUCCCAAUAAGCGAAAACUACUCGACGAUAGCGACUCAGAUUCAGACGAUACGGGAGCAGCAAUUGGAGGCUCUGGCUUCAAGGUGAAUGAGGAGUAUGCGCGCCGUUUUGAACAUAACAAGAAACGAGAGGAACAACACAGAUUGGAGGAAAAGCUCAAGAGAGAAGGAGAGGAUGAGGAUUCUUCCUCUUCCGACGAGGACGAGGAUGAAGAUGGUUUCCUUGCCACAGAAGACCUCGACGCGCAAAUCUCUGCUACACUACAGGCGAUUCGAAACAAGGAUCCCCGCGUCUACGACAAGGACAUCACUUUCUAUGCCCCAGACGACGAAAACGCCGAUGCCGCAGACAAGGAGAAGAAAGAGAAACCAGUCUUCCUCCGCGAUUAUCAACGAGAAAAAAUUUUAAGGGGAGACGUCGGCGCUUCAGACGACGAAGAGGACGCUCCGAAAACAUACCAGCAAGAGCAAGACGCAAUCAAAAAGUCAUUGCUCUCCGAAAUCGACGCUGCCAAGGGUGAAGUAGACUCGGACUCAGAUGAGGACGAGGAUGGAUUCAUUAAGCGAAAAGCACCAGCACAAACGGAUAAAACCGGCUUACACCCAUCAAGAGCAAAGGCCGUAAAGCUCUCAGAGGUGGAUGUGGACAAUGCAGACAGAGAUCCAGAAACAUUCUUGUCAAACUUUAUGGCGGCGAGAGCGUGGGUGACUGACGAAGGUUCCAGAUGGGAGGCCUUUGAGUCAGAUGAUGGAGAAGAGGACAACCGAGCAGAUGAGUUUGAAGAGGCCUACAAUCUCCGCUUCGAAAAUCCCGAAAAGAGCAACGAAGUCUUGAAGUCAUAUGCCAGAGACUUUGCGGCUGCCAGAUCAGUCCGACGAGAGGAGAAGACGGGAAGAAAACGCCAGAGAGAGCUCGAGCGCGAGAAGAAGGAGGUGGAGAAGGCGCAGCGCCGCGAAGACAAAGCCCGGUUACGGAACCUGAAGCUGGAGGAGACGGAACGCAAGCUUCGCAAGAUUAAGCAAGCAGCUGGAGCCUUUGGCAAGGAGCUGACAGACGAAGAAUGGAUCAAGUUCCUCGAUGACGCGUGGGAGAAUGACAAGUGGGAGGACGAGAUGAAGAAGUGGUUCGACGAGAGCUACUACGCCAUCAAAGAAGCAAACGUCGUCUCAGACGACGACGACGAUGAGAUGGAUGUCGAUGAAGAGGACGGCAAGAAGAGCAAAAGAAAGAAGCCCAAGAAGCCCACGUGGGACGAUGAUAUCGACAUCAAGGACCUCGUUCCCGAUUUCGAGGACGACGACGCAAAGCCAACCAUUGCAUUAACAGAUGAUGAGGGUCAGGACGCUGAGGAGGAUGAAGAACCCUCCGCCAAGAAAGUGAAAUCAUCAGACCACAAGAAAGCCCGCCAAGAGACCCAAAAGAAGGCUCGCCAAGAGCGCUCCAAGCUCGAGGCCCUCGUCGACGCCAAAAUGAACCUCACAGACCACGACAUCCUCAAGGGCAACGACAACGACAACGACAACAGCGUAGUAGGCGGCUUCCGCUACCGCGAGACCUCACCGCAGUCCUUUGGCAUGACGGCGCGCGACAUCCUGCUCGCCCCCUCAGACAAGGUGCUCAACGAGUACGCCGGCCUCAAGAAGCUCGCCACGUUCCGCGACGCCGAGAAGAAGCGCAAGGACAAGAAGCACCUGGGCAAAAAGGCCCGUCUGCGCCAGUGGCGGCGCGACGUGUUUGGCGGGGAGUUUGAGCAGACGGGCCCGACGUAUGGCUUUGAGCGGGUGGUUGCCGCUACCGAGGAGGGAGAUGGCGUGGACGCAAGGGAUAAGAAGAGGUCCUUGAAGAAGAAGGAUAAGGCGGCAAAGAACAAGGACGGCGAAGAGGCGAGUAAUAUCAUUGGCGACGUGGACGGGACGAGGAAGAAGCGGAAGAGGUCAAAGGGAAAGAAGGCGGCU